AUACCGACUCUCCCCUUCCCCUUUCUCUUCUUUCCUUUCUCUUCAACACCAACACGCUUCACGACUUCAACAACAACUUUCCUCACCACACAACCACCACCAACCAACUUACUAACCAACUUUAGCAGUCAUGACUGGACGCGGCAAGGGAGGAAAGGGUCUCGGAAAGGGAGGAGCCAAGCGUCAUCGCAAGAUUCUCCGUGACAACAUUCAGGGUAUCACCAAGCCCGCCAUCCGCCGUCUCGCCCGUCGUGGUGGUGUCAAGCGUAUCUCUGCUAUGAUCUACGAGGAGACCCGUGGUGUCCUCAAGACCUUCCUCGAGGGUGUCAUCCGCGACGCCGUCACCUACACCGAGCACGCCAAGCGCAAGACGGUCACCUCGCUCGACGUCGUCUACGCUCUCAAGCGCCAGGGACGCACCCUGUACGGUUUCGGUGGUUAAAUCUGUCGUCUGUUCGAGGGCUGUUUUUUUUACCAGAUCUUGGGAGAGCCGCAUCUGUUUUUUUUCCUGACGAUUUUCGCUUUUGGAGGGAAUUGGUCCGCGCUUGAGAUUUUGUAGAAAACCACUCCAAAGAAGAAGGGAAUUGUGGGGAUGAUGGUUGUCUGAUUGUCUGUGUGUGUUCUCUUGUUUACGGUGUUUGCGUUGGUUUUGUUUGUGAUGAUGGUGAUGGUGAAUGGCGAUCAACUGUGUUCUGUCGGCGUGUGUACUAUACUCUAUGUGCUACUCAUAACAACGGGCAUGAGUUGACUUACUGAUGUGA